CGUCAAACCUGUUUGGCAGAGCCAAAUGAGGGCUGGCAAACUGAUCGGCGCUCCCUACAAAUCUGCUUUCUCUUGUGCUAAGCUUCUUUUACUACUUGGGAAGUUAUUGUCAGUAAGGAAAAAGCUUUGGACUGAAGAACUUCCACAAUGGCAGAAGCCCACCAGGCUGUGGCAUUCCAGUUUACAGUUACACCAGAAGGUAUUGACCUUCGAUUAAGCCAUGAGGCUCUUAAACAGGUUUACAUCUCCGGGCUCCGAUCCUGGAAGAAGAAGAUCGCUCGCCUCAGGAAUAGUUUCAUUACUGGUGUCUAUCCUGCCAGUCCUUCAAGCUGGCUGUUUGUGGUGAUUGCCAUCAUGGGAACGAUGUACGCUCGUGUAGACCCAUCCAUGGGAAUGAUUGGAAAAAUCAAAGAACAUCUGCCAGUCAGCGGCUACCUAUCUCACCAGGGUCAGAGCAUUAUCAGCGCCCUACUCUUCUCCACAGGCCUGUGGUUUGCGCUUAUUAUGACUAUGCGUUACAUCUUGAAGCAGCUUUUAUCGUACCAUGGCUGGAUGUAUGAACAGCAUGGCAAGAUGUCUGCCACCACCAAGCUGUGGCUGACUUUGGUGAAGAUAUUCUCUGGUCGUAAGCCCAUGUUGUACAGCUAUCAAGCAUCACUCCCUCGCCUUCCUGUACCAACAGUUGGGGAUACAAUGCAAAGGUAUUUGGAAUCUGUGAGACCUCUGAUGAAUGAUGAGGAAUUCAAGCGUAUGACGGCACUGGCCAAGGAUUUUGAACUGAAGCUGGCCCCCAAGCUGCAGUGGUACCUGAAACUGAAAUCCUGGUGGGCAUCGAACUAUGUUAGUGAUUGGUGGGAAGAAUAUAUUUACUUGCGUGGAAGAAGCCCAAUUAUGGUUAACAGCAACUAUUAUGCAAUGGACUUCUUGUAUGUGACACCAACUCCAAUUCAGGCAGCUCGUGCAGGUAACAUCGUCCAUGCUCUGCUCCUUUACAGACGUAAGCUCAGCCGUGAGGAACUUAAACCGAGCAGGGUUCCAGGAUCUAUUAUCCCGCUGUGCUCGUCCCAGUGGGAACGCACCUUUAAUACCACCCGCAUACCUGGAGAGGAGACUGACAGCAUCCAACACUACUCUGAUAGUAAGCACAUAGUGGUGUAUCACAAGGGGCGUUUCUUCAGAGUCUGGGUCUACAAUAGCGGACGUUUGCUGAACCCUAAGGAACUUGAGCUGCAGUUCCAGAACAUUCUGGAGGACACUAGCCCUUCUCAGCCUGGCGAGGAGAAACUAGCUGCUUUAACUGCUGGAGAGAGGGCAACAUGGGCCAGAGCUCGUAAAGCAUACUUCCGCAGUGGGAAAAACCUGCAGUCGUUGGAUCUAGUGGAGAAAGCAGCUUUCUUUGUCACCUUAGAUGAAAGCGAGAAGGGAUUUCGUAGUGAAGAUCCAGUGGAUUCAUUGGAUGCCUAUGCUAAAUCUCUAUUACAUGGGCAAUGCUAUGACAGGUGGUUUGAUAAAUCGAUUUCUGUAAUUAUCUUUAAAAAUGGGAAAAUUGGAUUGAAUGCUGAACAUUCAUGGGCAGACGCACCCAUUGUUGGACAUCUGUGGGAGUCUACAUUGUAUACAGACUGCUUCCAGCUUGGAUACAAUGAAGAGGGACACUGCAAGGGCCAGGCUGACCCAACACUGCUUUUACCACAGAGAAUGCAGUGGGAAAUCUCCAAUGAGUGUCAAGAAAUCAUACAGGACUCCCUAAAAGUGGCCCAGUCUUUAGCAGAAGAUGUUGACUUCCAUACAUUUCCCUUCAAAGAGUUUGGUAAAGGUUUAAUAAAGAAGUGUAAAACCAGCCCUGAUGCUUUCAUCCAGAUCGCUCUACAACUUGCUCACUACAGGGACAAAGGAAAAUUCUGCUUAACAUACGAAGCAUCCAUGACACGACUUUUCAGAGAAGGAAGAACAGAAACCGUGCGUUCAUGCACUAUAGAGUCAUCAAAUUUUGUAAAGUCUAUGAUGGACUCAACAAAAACAGAUGAGGAAAGGCUAAAACUCUUUAGAAAAGCAGCAGAUAAGCAUCAGUUGCUGUACAGAAAUGCAAUGACUGGAGCUGGAAUUGAUCGGCAUUUGUUUUGUAUGUAUGUAGUAUCCAAAUACCUCGGGAUGGAUUCACCUUUCUUGAAAGAGGUGCUGUCUGAACCCUGGCGCCUCUCCACAAGCCAGACUCCUAUCCAGCAAGUGGAACUCUUUGAUUUAGUAAACCAUCCAGAAUAUGUCUCAUGUGGAGGUGGAUUUGGCCCUGUGGCCGAUGAUGGAUAUGGGGUCUCCUACAUAAUAGUUGGUGAAAAUCUGAUCAACUUCCAUGUGUCCUGCAAGGUCUCCAGCCAUGAGACAGAUUCCCACCGUUUUGGCAAGCACAUUCGAGAAUCUCUGCUUGACAUUCUGAGCCUGUUCAAGCUGGAGAAUAAGUAGAAUGUUUUUUACUAUCCUGCCAGCCUUUCAAACAUCUAGGAGUUACAUUCAAGGAGCAAGAAAAAAAUUCAACUGAACUGCUUCCAAAGACUGGGACCAUUGUUUUACAUCUCAGCCACAAAAAGCUACAAGAACCUCGUCUGCAUGAUGAGUACCGUCUAACACUGCCUUACAUGUAAGAUCCUACAUGUAUUCAAGAAGCAGUACAAUCACAACAGAAGAACAAUCUGUCACAAAUUUUCAUUCAAGUUUCCUGUAUACAAGGAACAAUGUGCUGAGGGAAAUACUCGUAUAACUCAGACCCUGAGUUUAAUUUUUUACAAAAGCAUACUUCUAAUCGAUGUAUGACGUGCAAUGUGAACAAGCAUCUUGCUUAAGGUGCUGGAGAUCGGAUGAGUUCUGUGCGUGAGCUGGUGCCUUAUAUGUUCUGUGUAAAUUUAUGGCUUAUUAUAGUGAAGUGUCAAGCAACGCAAUGCAAUAUUUUUCCUAGUUGUCAUACCUGCCACAUUUGUUUGAGGCACCCCAUAAGCACCAACAGUUUUCCUUUUAUUUCAAAGACCCCCUUUUUUUUUUGGCUUUAUGUUAUAUGUGUUGCUUGCUUUAUUGCUGCUGUAACUGAACUGGAGUGUUUGCCUGAUCAUGCCAAGUUUUAUUUCAUACUUUUAAAAGUAAUUGUUUUUUCUCUUUGUUUUUCACCUUAUUCUAUGCCUUUCCAAAGACAUGAUCUUUAAGUUGGGCUUUCAGUUUAGAGGACUCCCACCAAAACAAAUUAUGUUCUCAGUGGAAAUAAUCAGGGUAUGGUUGAUUUAGCAGUUGAAACCCAUAUAAUGACUUGCUUGUUUUACCCCGGAGCCAGCAUUUUCAGGUGGAGUACUAAUUUAAGCUAACUAAUUUAAGCUAAAAAAGCAGAAAAAUCUCCACCAGAGCUACAUAUAGGAAAGAACGAUCAAUCAAAAUGUUUGGGGCUGUUAUUUAUAAAUUCUUAUUUAGGUAAUAUCCUUAUUUUUACAAUUCCAUCUCUAACUGAUUAUGGGUCAUACUUGAGCAAAUUACAACACGGGUAUAAAACAAAGACUUAAUUUUUACUAUGUCUUAUAAAGCAAACCGAAAAUGUGUGGG